AUGGAGCCCAAUUCUGCCUUAUCGCAUGCAAAUAUCCUCCUCGCGCGCGGGGAGGAACCGGACCGCCCGCCAAUAUACAAAGCCGUCGGUAUCUCCCUAGCUGUCGCAUCGGGUAUCUUUAUCGGUAUCUCGUUUGUUGUUAAGAAAAUCGGCCUCCUGAAGGCAAACGUGAAGUACGAAGAGGAGGCCGGCGAGGGAUAUGGAUAUCUGAAGAAUUUCUGGUGGUGGACGGGCAUGAUCUUGAUGAUUGUUGGAGAGAUCUGCAAUUUCGUCGCAUAUGCGUUCGUCGAUGCGAUCUUGGUUACGCCGUUUGGUGCGCUCUCCGUGGUGAUUACGACGAUUCUGUCGGCGAUUUUCCUCAAGGAACGACUGAGUUUCGUGGGCAAAGUUGGCUGUUUUUGUUGUAUCAUUGGAUCGGUGGUCAUCGCCAUGAAUGCGCCUGAACAAUCCGCUGUUAGUAAUAUCCAGGGCAUGCAGCAUUUUGUUCUUCAACCUGGGUUUUUGGUCUAUGGUGGACUGAUCAUUGUUGGCGCUAUCUUUACGGCUCUGUGGGCGGGUCCGCGCUAUGGAAAGACGAACAUGUUCGUUUAUAUCAGUAUUUGCAGCAUGGUCGGAGGGUUGAGUGUUGUGGCCACUCAAGGCUUGGGGUCUGCGAUUCUUACUCAGAUUAAUGGUGAGGAGCAGUUCAAGCAUUGGUUCCUUUAUGUCUUGCUUGUGUUCGUUAUUGGAACACUACUGACCGAGAUUAUUUAUCUUAAUAAAGCACUGAAUCUUUUCAAUGCCGCUCUGGUCACCCCAACAUACUAUGUGAUGUUCACUAGUGCUACCAUUGUUACUUCUGCCAUCUUAUUCAAGGGUUUCAAGGGCACAGCUGUCCAGAUCACAACUGUGAUCCUUGGAUUCUUACAAAUCUGUGCUGGGGUGGUUUUGCUACAGCUAUCCAAGUCCGCCAAGGAUGUCCCCGAUGCAGCUGUUUUCAAGGGCGACCUGGAUCAGAUUCGAGAGGUUGCUGCCGUAGAGGAGCCCGAGUCUGAGCCCAAGGCAGACUCAAUUCGUGGUGCGGCUUCUAUCAUCCGCCGCAUUUCGACUGCUCGGCGCACAAUGGAAUCGGAUGAAGCACGGCGUUUUUUCCAUGAUAAACACGAGGAUACUUUGAAACCGCCAAGUGAGAAUGAAAUAAUUGAAUGGGAUGGCCUGCGCCGCCGCAAAACUGUUAUUGGAGAAGGACCAACCAUGUCACGUCCUAUCACCCCAAGAACACCAUCGGUCAAACGUCAACACCCUCCAUGGGGUAUGUCCCGGUUGCCUGCUGUUGAGCAUGAAGACAACCACCAACCUGAAACCAAGCAAAGCACCCAUUCCUUCAUGGACGAUAUUCGGUCUCGGGCUGCCAACGUGCUUAAUCCUUCCCAAUGGAGAGCUGUGAAUACGGAAGACGAGAAGAAUGCUAGCGCAAACACACAAUCUGUUGGAAUGACAGACAUGCCGCAUCAAAGUAACAAUGCUGAUACCGAAUACUAUGGGGCGGGGGGUUUAGACGCUCCAUUGAGCUCUAACCGUCCGCGUAGUGAUACCGCACGGUCUGUUUCAUGGGCGGACGAGAAGCCCGAAUCCUUGGCACCUGAGCCUCCCGUCCACACUGCCCAACGCCAGUUCUCAUUCAAUAGCAUGAUUGGUCGUAUGAAGGCUGGCGGUGAAUCUUCCGCCAGACAUCCGCCAGGUUCGCCCCGGGGCAUCCUUCGCCGAACGCACCUGGGAGGCGACCAUCGUAACGGUGCAACAGAGGAAGAAUCACUCGGCCUAGUCCAUGGCGAUUCGCGGCAUUCAAAUCCAGAAGAAGAACCUCUGAAUGAAAAACUGGAACGUUGGUCCAGCAGCGAGUCAGAACUCGGCGAGCCACAGCCCAUGUACGCAGGCCGGCCACAUGGAAACUCUGUGUCGAGUAUGUCAACAGCUGCUUUUCCUGCAUACGAAGAUAAUCAUUACGACUAUUCCGGAUCUCACAACCCCUACUACCUUCCGCAAGGCCCACAAACGACUUCAUCACCAGAACAAAUUUCCCAAGGAGACGAAGGCUGGAAGCAAGCUGCAUCGAGAGGCAGCGGCAGUAGGACUCGCACACGGACAAACUCAUCUGCGCAGGCUCAUACUCGUGCCCCGCCUCCUUCCCAAUCCUCCUUCUCUACCCAUCGCCAUCCAAACCCUCUCCCACCACUUCCUGACCUCACGCCUACUCCUACCCUAGAUCUCAUGCCCACCGCAACCAAUGCCUCGGGUAUGAGGACAGUCUCUACAGACUCUGACAUGGUUAGCUCCAUCUCCAGUGAGACAGAAGGCAACAGCGAUUUUCCGCCUGGAUACCCGACUCGUCAACAGAGCGGCUGGCGCCGGCAUAUGUCGGACAACAGCAGCCCUGACGGUAAGACGUAUGCCAACCGCGGUGGUAGGGAAAGCUCGUUCCGGUGA